GCCACUUUUUUUUUUCCCUUUCUUUAUCAAUAAAUAGAUACGGAUACUGUGUUAAACAAGACAAAAAUGAAAAUGCAUUUAAUUAUUAACUCUGUCAAUUUUCUGAUUUUGAUAUAUUUAAUAUCAGUGCAAGCUGUGAAUGGUACACCUGAUGGUAGACGAGGUAUUGCAAGAAUGAUGAACUUUUCCGAAAAAGAUCACGAGUCAGUAGUAAUAGGAAAACGAGAUAAAGUGACAUGGUACAAUGGAUAUGACCUUAAGGAAGCUGCUUGCUUUAGUAGAAAUGGGUUGCCUCGUUUUGAUGCCGGUGUGAAUGACAUGAUUGGCGCUAUGGCUAUGCAUAAUUUUGAACAAUGUAACAAAUGUAUGCAAAUCACAAAUAACCGACAAAAAUCCAAAAAGAUUGUAGUCCAAAUUGUUGAUAAAUGUGCAGCUUGUAAAAUUGGGAAAUGGAUUGAUUUAACACCAGGAGCCUUUAAGAAGCUUUCAGAAGAUGGUGACCUUGAUGUAGGUGUGCUUGACAUCAGCUAUAAGCCAGUUAAAUGUCCUGAAGGAGGUGUCUUUGAUAAGUUAGCUAAAAUGUUAGUAGAAAAUGAGUAAUCAUCAUAUAUAUAGAUAUAG